AUGCUGCCCAUUCGCACUUUUGCUCGACCUCUGCGCUCGACACUGAAAAGGCAAACCUUCUUUGCACCUCGCGAGACCGUUGCCCUCCCCAACCGAUUAGCUGCCGCCUCACGCCUCGCCAGCUCCUGCUGCAACGGCUCCGACCACCCUCACCCACCCGUAACCUCCAAACCCAAGAUCAUGGCCGGCGCGACCCCCAAGGACGUCGAGGAGUACCUCCAGCAGUCCCACGACCGCAUCUUCGAGAACAACCGCCAGUGGGCUGCGAAGAAGAAGGAGCAGGACCCGGGCUACUUUGUCAGCCUCAGCGCCGGCCAGUCCCCCAACUACCUUUGGAUUGGAUGCAGUGACUCGCGUAUCCCAGCCGAGCAGAUUACUGGUCUUGAGCCCGGCGAGACGUUUGUCCACCGCAACAUUGCCAACCUGGUUGUCAACACGGACCUCAAUGCCAUGAGCGUCAUUAACUAUGCCGUCCGCCACCUCGGCGUCAAGCACAUUGUCGUCUGCGGACACUACGGCUGCGGCGGUGUCAAGGCCGCCAUGACUCCCAAGGAUCUCGGCAUCCUCAACCCCUGGCUGCGAAACAUCCGGGACGUCUAUCGUCUGCACGAGGAGGAGCUUGACGCCAUUGCCGACGAGGAGAAGCGCUACGACCGCCUCGUCGAGCUCAACGUUGUCGAGCAGUGCCGCAACGUCAUCAAGACGGCCGCCGUUCAGCAGUCCUACAAGAAGAACCAGUACCCUAUCGUCCACGGCUGGGUAUUUGGUUUCAAAGACGGCCUCCUCAAGGAUCUCGACAUUAACUUCAAGGAGAUGCUUGCUAAGGUCCAGAAGAUCUACAACCUCGCCGACGAGUAG